AUGUCACGCGCUUCGGCUGGCUUUGCAGACUUCUUCCCGACCGCCCCGUCGGUCAUUCAGCAGAAGCGCUUCAAGACACAGGAACGACGAGGGAAAUCACAGGCGGAGGACCAACGUUCCGAAGCACCGAAGUUUCCCUUGUCUACUGCCUCUGGCGCACCCGCGACCGUCGAGAAGCCUCUCAAAUUCGAUAUAACGGACGGGGCAGAAACUCGCACUCCACCGGUCAAGGAGCGUGAAUCAACCACCUCCGCCAAGCCAAAAAGUGAGGAGGAUAGGACCGGGCCACCUCCACCACCGGCAGCAAACUCCGUUCCAUCACAAAUUGACACACUAACGCCGGUCACCAAUGCGGAGUCAUCGCCCCCUUGCAAAGAAAUUAGUCCAUCACAGUUGAAGACCGCAGGCGAAGCUUCCCCGGGUUUAUCUUCUAGGCCGAAAACCGAGACUACCAAAUCCUCAAUCACUCCAAUUCACGCCCCUCCGACACCCCAGUCGCAGACAAGGCUUGUUGAGCUCCGCGUCACAGGCUGCAAGGUUGUGUAUGACCCCGAUUUGGACAGGCGAACCUCGUCGAAGGAAAAGAAGAAAAAGCUCGAGUAUGUGGAUAUCCUGAAUAACAGUCAAGCCGAUGCUCCUCCCGAUCCCCGUCGCGCGAUCGCCAAUUAUACCCGUGGCUCCGGCUGCAAGCAGAAGACGAAAUACCGACCCGCACCCUAUACUUUGAAGCCAUGGUCAUACGAUGCGGCAACGAGCAUUGGUCCCGGGCCUCCGGUUCAGGUCGUGGUAACUGGGUUCGAUCCGUUAACCCCAAUCGCCCCGAUCAGCGCGCUGUUCUCGAGUUUUGGAGAUAUUGCCGAAAUCAAAAACCGCACAGAUCCCAUCACCGGUCGGUUUCUGGGGAUCUGCUCUAUCAAAUACAAAGACAGCACCUCAGGCCGGGUGAUUGGUUCGGGCUCAGCAUCCAGCGCUGCCCGACGUGCGUACAUCGAAUGCAAAAAGGAACAACGCAUUGGCACACGCAGGAUCAGGGUCGAGUUGGAUCGCGAUGGUAUCGUUUCGGAUCGGAUGGCCGCCAAAGCAGCCGAGUCGCAACGGCUGGCUUCCAAGAUUAAUCUUCCGCCCGUUGUUGAACCAAAACCGGAGUUGCAAAUUAAGAAGAGCGAACCGCCACCCACUGCGCCCAAGGGUCCCUCCGGCAGGUCGUCCCUACGCCCGGGAGUUGUCAUUCCCGAAGGACCAAGGGCCACUGCGCGAACUCCUGUCAUACCAUCGUUGGUCGAGGAAACACCCAUCUUGAGUCAGAUCAAACGCGAGCCGUAUAUAUUCAUUGCACAUUGUUACGUCCCGGUUCUCAGCACGACAGUUCCUCAUCUGAGAAAGAGGCUCAGACUCUUCGCCUACAAGCAAAUUCGAUGUGACAAAACCGGUUACUACAUCAUUUUCGAGAAUUCGCGCCGCGGCGAGCAGGAGACCGAGCGCUGCUAUCGAGUAUGCCACAUGCAACCAUUGUUCACCUAUAUCAUGAACAUGGAAAGCAAUCCUUACGGCAACCCAAACUACCAGCGAAGCCCAAGUCCCGAGCGCCUUCGGACCGAACGACGAAAACAGGCGGAGAAAGACCGGACAAAAAAGGAGGCGGAAUUGGAUAUCGAGGAGGAGAAAAAGCAGCGCGCACUUGAUUUGGAUCCGUGCCGAGAGGUGUUGUCUAUCAUCAUUCGCGAUUUGAGAGACAAGCUGCUCGAGGACGUCAAAUCGCGUAUCGCCGCUCCGGCUUUGUACGACUAUUUGGAGCCGAGUAAACAUGCGGCCAAACGGGAAAAGUUGGGUAUUUCGGACCCUGAAGGUACGAAACAAUCUGUCUUCCGGUUUGACAGUAGCUCGAGUACGCCUGGCUCUCGUGGUGAAUUGUCUGGUGGACGAGACCCUCUCAAAUCGUCCGGUCUGAAUAUUCUUGCUCUUCCUCGUAUUCGGAAAGCCCAUGGUCUUGACCGUGCGGGUGCCGCCUUCCUCGACGAACGGCGCAGGCAACCACUACGGAAAAAGGAAGUUCGGCCCUUGUACCAUCGCUUGCAGCAGUUGCAUGACGACGAAGAUUCGGAUGACGACCAGCGCACUCCUGCUGCCCGGGAUGUUGACGAGCGAGAGAGCCGUCCCCUUAGUCGCGCGAGCUCAACUUCUUCGCAUGACGAACAGGAUGGAGGGUAUCAGUCAGAGGAUUUAGACUCAUCUCGGGAAGGUGAAGAGCGUGAUCGUCAAGCCGGAGAUGAUCUGCACGUCGCGAACGAAAUCUCCGAUGAGCUUGAAGUGUCUCCCAGGGGCAAGAGAAAACGACUCAGUGGAGACGAUGAAGCACGAAAGCGGCAGCGGCAGGACGAUGAACUAUUUGGCAUCGACUCCGAAAUCAUCGCAGGGGAUGAGGAUGUCAAGAAGGAGUUGCAGAUGCCCACGACGGUGCAGGACGAAAUUGCAGGAGAUGGCGACAAGGUCCCAACGCACGACCAACCCGCAGACGAACUCACCGGAGAUGUCACCCACAAACAUCCUGAGGAUGAUGAUCUCUCAGUCAGCGAAGCGAGCAAGGCCGAGUCUAUUGAUGAGCCGAGAACUGAGAUCGAUUGGGGCGUAUCCAAGGAUGAGCCUCGCGCCACUGUCGAGGACGAUGAGAAUAUCGUUCUUGAUCUGGAUGGCUGGCAAAACUUGGUCAAAGAUGACGAGGACUUGCGAUUCUUGCGAGAGGUUCUACAGGACCAGUCAGAAUCUGAUAUCGUAAAUCUUGCUGCUUGGGGCUGGAAACAAAAGGAGAUCAAAGCCCUCAACGGUCUGGAAAGCGGUACUGGCCAGGACGCUGUCAGUAUCUCCGGCUAUUAUGUGCCGAAUCCCACAGGUGCUGCCCGGACGGAAGGUCAGAAGAGGAUCAAGGAGGCUGAAAAGUCCAAGUACCUACCUCAUCGGAUCAAAGUCCAGAAGGCCCGCGAAGAGCGUGAAGCGAAUGCCAAGGCAGACCCUCAAGCGGCAGCAGCUGAAGCUGCCAGAAUCGCAGCCGCGAAGACCAUCUCGAAGUCGACGUCUCGAUCGACGCGAGUCAACAAUCGCCGACUCAUCGCCGACAUCAAUGCGCAGAAACAGGCCCUUCCCACGGCGAGUGGCGACGGGGACGUUCUUCGCUUCAAUCAACUCAAGAAGCGAAAAAAGCCUGUGCGCUUCGCUCGUUCCGCUAUCCACAACUGGGGUUUGUAUGCCGAGGAGAAUAUCACAGCAAAUGACAUGAUCAUCGAGUAUGUCGGUGAGAAAGUGCGACAGCAGGUUGCGGACAUGAGAGAGAGACGAUACCUCAAGAGCGGGAUUGGCAGCAGUUACCUCUUCAGAAUUGAUGAGAACACCGUCAUUGAUGCCACGAAGAGAGGAGGAAUUGCGCGAUUCAUCAAUCACAGCUGCACACCCAACUGCACUGCUAAGAUCAUUAAGGUCGAUGGUAGCAAACGAAUUGUGAUUUAUGCGCUCAGGGAUAUCGAAAGAGAUGAGGAGUUAACGUACGACUACAAAUUCGAGCGCGAGUGGGGCAGUGACGACCGAAUUCCCUGCCUCUGUGGUUCAACGGGCUGCAAGGGCUUCCUCAAUUAA